AUGCAGCUAUCUCUGUUAGGCAUAACAGGUACAGUGUAGGCUAUAUGGUUAUGGAUGCAAAAGGACACUUUGUGGCUGUAAGAUCACAAUCGUUUGAGGGGCUAGUGGACCCAAAGGUGGCGAAAAUAUUGGGGGUGCGUGAAGCACUUAGUUGGUUAAAAUAG